AUGGUCAUUGCGAUCACAUUUGAGAGAAGGGCAUCCACAAGAUUGUCUAGCUGGCUAAAGAAAGUUCGGGAUACUGAUCAACGUUCGGGUUGGAUGUUGCCUCAUGUUUUUGAUGAAUUGCGUCAUUAUUGGAACACAGAUAAGUUCAAGGCAAUGUCUGAACAAGCCAAAAAGGCUAGAGACAGUCUUAAGUGUGUCUCGUUGCACACCGAAGGUGCAAAGACCGUUGGAACAAUUACAAGAGAGAUGGGAAAAAAAAUGGGGCACACUCCCAUUGAACCGGAGGUUUUCAAGAGGACUCAUGUGAAAAAGAAAGAAAAUGAGUCGAAUUCGGAUGUAUGGGUAGAGGAAAGGGCCAAACGAACUUUUAAUGAGUUUCAUCAAAAAAGUGGUAGGGGGGGGACACAUAAGGGUAAAGUUUAUGGUCGAGACUCUCGAAACGAUGUAAGACGACUCCAGUCAGGCUUACAAGGUGUUGGAUCGUCACGUCAAGCUGAGGCACUUGAUGGUGUUCAGAUUGCUGCUAUGUCGGCUCAAAUACACAACUUACAUCGGCACUUGCAGAGUCGGAGCGGAGAAGAGUAG